AUGUUUGACACGGGCCUCAUGGUCGGGGUGAUCUGCGGGAGCCUCGGCGGGUUUGCGGUGUUUGUGUGGGGCGGCAUCUUCCUGUGCUACCGCCUCAAACUCUUCUCGCCCGCGUUCGGCGUGGACGGCGAGGGGGUGCGCGGGAUCCCGCUGCGCUCGCUGGCGCCACGCAUGACGGAGGAGCGGCGGCGGAAUUUGCUGCGGGCGCGGCGGAAGAUGCAGCGAGACGCGCGGCGGCAGCAGCGGCGGCAGGAGAGGGAGGCGGACGGCGUGCCCGGCGACGACGCGGAGCGCGACGGCGGCGGCAGCGGCAGCGGCAGCGACGGCACCACGCCGAGCGAGCGGACGCACGGCAGGAACUCGCGCUGGUUUCGCAGGCGGUCCAGCGCGGACAGCCUCACCAGCGCGACGCUCGCGAGCUCCAGCGCGGUGUACGGCCACGGGGACUACCUCUCGCGGUCGUGCACCACGUCGCCGCGCAGCCAGCGGGAGGCGGCAAGCAGCUGCCGGAGCGAGGAGGCGUUCCCGAGGCGGCGGCGCAAGUCCCACAAGCGCCGCCCGCGGAGGGGCAGUGACGUCGUCGACGACGGCAACGCGCGCAACAGCCCCUUCGGUGGCUGGACGGACUCCGCGCGCAGCUGCUGCAGCAGCAGCGCGGACAGCAACAAGGUCGGCGAGGAAGACAGGCGGCCUGUCGAGGUGGGCAUCGUGUCGCCGGAGCCCGAGCGACUGCGUCCCACGCGGCGGCAGAUCAUUGAGCAAAAUGCCGCUAUGAGUGGCUUCUUUACGGUGCCGACGCAUGGCUGGAGCCCUGGGCAGCACGCGGAGAAUCGCAGCUGUCCCGACCGUGUAAAUCUUUGA